GGGAACCAAAACGCUUCGAAAGACCGGAACCACUGAUGUCUUUGAGGGUUUGAAUACAUUACAACACAAAGAUUCCAGCUGCAGAUCUUUGUGGAUCUGAUGGAUUAAUCCAGAAGCUCCUGGAUCGGCUGACCUCUGACCCUGACGGCACGAACGUCAUCAUGUCAGUGGGAGGAGCCUAUGGUGUGGUUCUUUUUUCUAACGUAGUUAAAAGUUUAUUGUUAAAAGCCUUUUUUUGUUCUUUUAACGAGUUUUCAUGUUUUGAAGAGGGGGGGGGGGGACCGGAAGUCCGCAUGAAGGCCUCAAAGGCGCCGCCCAGCAGUCUACGUCAGCAGUCACGUGCAGGAUCAUCUUCAGGAAGAAUGAGCACGGCGGCGCUGACGGCGGGUCUGGACCGGAUCCCGGACCAGCUCGGGUACCUGGUGAUCAGCGAGGACGGAGUUCUGGCGUCUGCAGGUGAGCUGGAGAACGACGAGCACACGGCGGGCGUCAUCAUGCAGAUGGUCCGGACCGCCAACCGCUUCCGGUUACCGGGAGCCGCGGAGGUGCCGUUCAAGCGCAUGUCCGUGGUUCUGGAGGACUUCGUUUUGGCGGUGACGGUUUCCGGUCAGAAGGUGUUUGUGGUCAAACGUCAGCACGCACAUCCGGAGCACGUCAUGGCGUAGAGGACGGUCCCCUUCUGGACCGGGUCUGAACCCACCAGCCCAACUGCUGGUCCUGGUCACAGCCAGCCAACCGAACAGAACCGGAGCGAGCUCUCAGAACAUUUCAGGUUCUGUCCGGUCAUUGCAACAGCCUCAGGUUCUGGACAGAACCCAUUGAAGUUCAGGUUCUGGUUCUCUAACGGAAUCCGAUCAGCUACAGUGGUUCUGGAAGCAGAGGUCCAGACCCAGCAGAAGUUCUGCUCCUUGUUCAUCUCAAAGAAACCAGAUCUUUGGUCACAGUUCAUUGUUUAAAUAAAGUUUUAAUGUUUUCAAAACGAGCAAAAAAGAUUCAAAUAAAAGUCUGAAAACCUGAA